AUGUUCAACUUUACUCAUAGCCGUACUACCUCUGAUGCCUCUGAUGCCUCAAACUGGUCCUGUGGGUCGGAUGUAAGCAGCCUUCACUCUCUGCUUUUAAAUGAACCACCCAAGCAACCCAAUGUCAAGUUCUCCAAGGUCAUCAUUGUAAACGAUACUACCACUGCCUACAUUAUGAAAAACUCGGUACUGCCUGGCUCCACCAAAGACGUCAUUGAUCGAUACUAUUCCAAUUAG